AUGGCUACUGAAGACACUAUUGGCACUGUAGACAGCUCUCCUUCCAAGCAAGAUACUGCAAACACAAUCGAAGCUAAAGUGAACGGGAAUAUGUCGAAGGGCACUGCACCGUCGACCAACAGCGAUCAUCAUCCAUCGCAGGAUGCGCAACCACAACCCAAGCAGUCCCAGGCCGAUGGAAACCCCUUACUCUCAACGGAUGAAACCAGGUCUACUGAGAACUCUGCUCCUGUAGAGCAAGCUUCUGCAUUAGCUGAAGCCGAUACUAAGACCCUAGACGAGCUAAACGCAGGCGACAAACGAGGACAUGAUUGGACUGUAGCCGAUGCCAACGGUGCCGAUCCCAUCGCUGUCGCUGACGAGACCAAGGAACCCACAUCCAAGAAGCUGAAGACUGCUGGCAAGAAGGGCACCAAUGGUCACGUAAAAGACGAACCCACUCCUGCAGUUGUCGAGGAUGGAGCCUUGAAUGGCGCAAACAGAGAGAAGAAGACAAAGCGUUCGAAGAAGGUCAAGGAGGCUGCGAAGAAGGCGUUUCCUACCGAUGGAAUUGGCAGUCGGACCCGUAGCCGGACCAAGGCUGCAUCUUGA